GUUUUACGUUUUAUCGCCACUAUUGCUCAAUUUCUUUUGUGAUACUCUCAAGUUCGUGCAACUGAGCUGUGCUUCUUAUCUUUGAGAGGUUCCACUGCAGUAUUAAGAUCCGAGGUAAGUUUGUAGACAGAGUGGCCAGUUUUAACAGCACUUAGUUCACGACUGAAAAUUAUGUGAGAAUUAAUCCAGCUUGUUUUGAUUAGACCAUUGCUGUCCAUAUAGCCUCUAACCUCUGAGACAUCUUAUAGACUAAGAUUCAUUUAAAAAAUGCACCUAAAAUUAGGUGCACAGUAUUGUUACAAACUUUCAGGGAACGCUUGACAAUUUUAUUCGGCUUCCUUGAGAGGUAAGAGGGCAACUGUUAAAACCUAACUCGAUGAAUCGAACUGAACGGACUGUGCAUGUGCUAGUAUUUAGCCCGGGGUAUUUAGCAGCUUUUUUUAAGUGUCUUGUUGUCCGUUUUAGGACCAUCUAACCUAUGACUCUUGACAGUAAACAAAUAAAUUUAACAUCUCGAAUGGAACCACCGUGGGCCGGGAUGCCAUAUAAUUCAAGCUAUUACGUGAAGCUCAUCGAACUGUCUGACAAGGAAUACUGUCUCGCAGCUAUAGUGUCUAUUAUAUUCAGACAUAACAUUUUAAAAAGUUUCUUAUUUUUUGUCGAUGUUGCGUGUGUAAUUCCUAUCACUUUUGCUCCAUUUCAAUUCAGGCUCUCUUUUAAAAGAGGACUCAAAGAGAGAUCUCACUUAUUGACCAUUUUUACGACUGAUUUUCUCUGGACGGGCGCGGCUUGAAUCCGCGCGCAGUUCACGCACACAAGCUAACAUUUCACUGUCUAGGGCCUGUUUACAUGGAGGUGGGGGACCCCAGAUGGGUGAGGUAACAUGUGGCGGGUCACCCCACCUAUCAUGUAAACGUGAUAAAAUUUAACAAGUAUUACGAGAUUACAGAAGAUUCAAACGUCUGAAUCACGUAGAUCAUGUAUCACCAAUACAAAACAUACCGUUGGCGAUGCAAUAUAAUAAAAUAUUGAUGUCUCGGUGUAAUGACACUGACAAGCUCACAAAGGUCUUUCUUUACUCUGCCAAGUUCAGUCGUGGAUAAUGCCAACUUUUUUUGUUCUUCCAAGCAUUUCCUCUCUUUGCCUCUCCUGCCUUUUUUCUAUGCCCCAAUCUUUUACCGGGGGGUACUCAACAAAGCCUUAUACGGGGAGGUUCCGCCCUAGGUCCGACUCCUCACCCUUUAAACCAUUCAGGGACAAAAGAAAGUACCCCUUUCAUAUAUCUUUUAUAUUUGCAAAUUGUAUACCUCUUUCACAUAUGUAGUUUAGAACUCUGUAUCCCUUUUGCGUUUUAAUUGUGUAAAUGCACUACCUUUAUUAAAGUAUGAAAAAAUCACGAAACUGAACGUUUUCUCCACUUUUUCACAGCCAUAAAAUACAUCUGUUAGCCCUUUUUGGCUUUUGUACACAAGAAAAUGACAGAUUUUUCUAUCCUUUCAUAUACUUCAAUGAAAUCUAACCCUUUCGUAUACCUGAGGCAUAAUAAAGGUACUCCCGUAUGGGCCAUUGUAAGACAUAUCCCCCGGACUUCCCCCACCCCCCUCCUUCCUUUCGGUCCCCUUGAGUGAAUCAAAUUAACCGUCAUGACGAAGAUCCUGCUUGUUAUAAACGUUGGAUCUCUAGAAAAGAGAUCUAAUCAGCCAAUAUAUUAAGAACCAAAAACGAGAAGUCCAAAGACUUCUACAAAGCUGAUCAGGAAAACGUGUAUUGUUUUUUCAUAACAAUAUUUCGGCUGGCCAUACCAGCAUUCCUCAGGUUUACGGAACCUAUUGCCACCAUGUGCAACUAUUAAUGAAGAGAAUUUGAUGCCGCUCGACUAAUACACGUACGGGGUAUGUUGGGAUGGAUGAAUAAUCCUCCUUUUGGUGAGACUUCCAGUCGAGCAUGUUUCCAUAGCAACCAUCUAGGCACUUUUCCCCUGUGCACCUCAAGCUCUAAACUAUUCUAAUUCUCUUUUGGUGUUCAUUAUAAAGCAUAAAUCAUGCCAAACAAGUUCCAGAAGGAGUGUUUGGAUGCUCACAACAAGUUCCGCGCCGAACACGGCGCUCCUCCACUUAAAUGGUCUUCAAAACUUGCGUCCGAUUCGGAGAAGUGGGCAAAGGAGUUGCUUCGCAACAACAAACUGCAACACAGUUCUGGGGAAUAUGGAGAAAAUCUUGCCUUUGCAUCUGGUAAGAGGAAAAUAAUACUUUAAUUAGAGGUAAUCAUUGAUUACGGAUCCGCGUUUGUCCGCGUCGAUUCGAAAGGAGUCCAGUUUCCCUGCCGAGAUGCCCCCGAUAAAAUCAGUGGGGGCGGCUAAUCAGCAGUCUCCCCCGAUACCUUGAAAAUUUGUGGCUUUGUACCACAGGAACACCAAGAUUGGGAUGCGUUCUGACGAACGCGAUAAGGUUAAUUAUAAUGAGUAUUAACAGGCGGCUCCUGGUAUUAAUUAGUAAUCGAGUGUCAGGAAGUGCGGAAGGGGCUUUAGCUUAUAAAUGUUUAGUGCUUUGGAUUGAAUUGUAUCAUACUGAGGCACUGAAACUUUUUCCUUUCGUCUGUUGCUACGGAUAGAAACGGAUGCAUAUGGAAUGAAUCUUUAAAUGUUAUGCCCGCAAAAAUCACCAGCAAACAAUUAUUGAUCACUACCAAGAGCCAUAAUGUCCCAUUAUGGCUCUUGCCACUACAGAAAAUACCAUAACAUACCAUAAUGCUCUUUGUCGGUGACUCCAAAAUUUUGUAUAAGCAUUGUCUUCAGUUUCUCUCGGAAGUUAAAAUGGCUUCAAGAGAAACUGAAAACAAUGCUUAUGCAAAGCUCUGGGGUGACAAACAAAGAGAAUCAUGGUAUGUUGUGGUAUUUCUGUACUGGUCAAUGGUUAGUGUUCCCUUAUGAAAUUAGUUUGAUAUCUUUUUCUUCCUAACUCUACGGGAGUAUUUUGUGCAUGGGUAAACAUGGUAAAGGCAUUAAGUCAUGACUCUAGCAUAGAGAUAACCUAAAACAGCAAUAUUCUUGUGACCAGCCCCUUUGAAUAGGGAGUUUAAGAUACCACGACGGCGACGGGCACGAAAAAGUCGCUUAAAAAGUGAAUUUGCGUUCUUUCAAUCUCUAUACCGAUUACUCCAACUCAAUUUACUUUGCCAAAUGUAAGCGAACUCUUUCUGAGCCGAAUUCCUAAGAACUAUCUUCAAUUUAGAAUGAGAAAGAAAAUUCAGCCGUCGCUUGUUAACGUCCUGCAUAAAAUGUGAAAUUAGGCAUUUUCCCGUCGUAGUCGUCCAGUGACAGAAGAGAAAUGUACAAAAAACGUGAUGCACGUGCAGAGUUUGUUUUGCCUAUUCAACCUAUUCCCUGCUUUUUGCUGUUCUCGUUGUCGUCACUGUCGUGGUAUCUUGAAGUCCCUAAUACCCGUACAACGGAAGACGGAGCACUGAUGAAGAAAUGGGGGUACAGUGCCGUAGCAAGGUUAGAUUUAUUGGGGGGGCGCCAUCACGAGCGCCGAAGGCGCGAGCUGCUAGGGGGUCCGGGGGCAUGCUCCCUCGGAGGAUUUUGAACUGCAGGGUCUCUGAAAUAGCAUUUUCAGCCUUCGGAGAGCAUUAAUUUCCAGCACAAACAUUAACCAUAAAGGACUGCAAAGGACCACAAAUGAAUAUGCCGAAGAACGCAGGAUCUAUAAAGACCUGAUCAGCAAAAAUAAUAAUGUAGACAUAUUUAAUUCUGCAAGCAGAAUACUGCAAUGCUGCAAUGUGCUUGCAGAAUUUAAUAUGUCUACAUUAAUUUCCAGCAAUUUUUCUUUGUUGAAGCCAUGAAUAUUUAAUUUUGACGCUUUAUCGAACCUAAAUGAACACAUUGAACCGAAGAGCAGCGUGAAGAGCGUGGCCGCUGACCAAAUUAAACGUGCCUGUCAAAAUAAUUGGGGGGCCCAGGCCUCCCCGGCCCCUCCCCAUGCUACGGCACUGGGGUAAAAUGAGGGCACCCACGGUCCCAAGUUUGCUUGUUUAACUGCUGUUAGGAGUUACCGACGUAGAAAAGGCAGUUUACCUUAUACCUCUACCUUUGUGCACUUCCCUAUUUUUACUUACUCUUCAUCCUAGGUUAUGAGUUAACAGGAGACGGAGCCACGCAGAUGUGGUAUGACGAAGUCAGCAAAUACAAUUUCAAAAACCCUGGGAACUUCGGUGGCACCGGACAUUUUACUCAAGUAGUGUGGGUCGCAUCUCAAGAAAUGGGAGUGGCCAAAGCUGGUGAAGGGGACGGAUCACAGUAUGUGGUGGCCAGAUACUCCCCUGCAGGAAAUCUCAUGGGACACUACCCGGAGAAUGUAAAACCCAAGGGUACUAAGGCAACCGGAGGAGGAAGCGGUAAGCGUAGGCUUUGGGCAACUGAUAUAAAGUUCCUAUUCAAGACUAGUUCCUCGAGAAAGCGAGGUUAAUGAAUCUGUCGGAAUUUGCAUCGCUCGUGGCUCCUACGAAAUGGCCAAGCGAAGUCUGAUCUUUCUUUAGCUUGUUUACAGACCCUCUUUUUUCUCUUCAAAGUCCGUUGAGCACACGUGAUAAAAAAUAAACCGCUGGGGAUUUUUGGACCGCCAGCGCAACGGGGCUAGGGGAACUGUGCGCAAAAACUCCCAACAAAACGCAACUGUAUGUGAAAACGGACUCAACAUGUAUCAUCUAACAAUAAUGUUGCGUCUGUCGUGAGAUCGUUUAGAUAUACCGCGUCUUACCGUCACGGGUAUCUUGAUUUUCAAAUGUACCGAGGGGGCCGGCGUCGGGAAUUAUAGCUCUUGGGGGGAGGAGGGGCGAGAAAAAUAUUUUUCUCACUUCCUCCCAAACCGGCCCCGCCCCCUAGGUAGUUUUGACACUCAUGCAAGAUUGCAGCCCGUAACACAAAGCGCUCGAUCUCGAUGAUCUUACGGAAAAAUAGAGGACUGUGAACAGUCUAUGCGUCUGUUUGCUCGGAGCUUAAAUAAAGAGAGUUGGUUGUACUUUUUUAUGCCACCAAAUUUAUAUCAAAAGCUGCAACAUAAAACCAAUUGAUAUUUAAAGUAUCAAAAAUAUUAAUCUCCGUGUUGUGUUAUUAAAUUUUACUUAUUUCUACAAAUCCUCUGUUUUCAGGUGGUGGAAAACGAGGCUGCAUCAUUUUAUGAUCAGAGGGUGGUGGUACUAGAUUGCGUCACUGGCAAGGACUGCCAGUCUAUAAGCUAUUUACUAACAAAAUCUGCCAUUUACAUUAGCCUAUUAACCAUUCUGAUUGAAGCGUAUGAGUUUCCACUUUGCACUCUUUAUUAUUGCUUUUUAAUCCUCUCACUCUCAGAGAGUGAAUAAUAGAGUGUUGAAUAAUUGUAAGGUGGUUCUUACUUUUGAGUCUGUGAGGAAGUCCUGCGGAGUGACCUUUCAAAUGAAUCCUCUCCUGCAAUACUUUCACAAGGGGCUAUUUUUUUUUACUCAUUUCACAAAAUGAAUUUUGGAAGCUCAGCUAUGGGCCAAGGCUGUUCUAAUAAAGUUGUUAAUUUAGUUUGAAAACUCUUUGGUGUUACUACUUGGGUGUGGCAAUUUCUAGGCAGCCUGGGCAACUUAGCCUCUGAGCAAGCUCUCCAUUUCAAGUGAACGCGCGCGAAUGACUUCUCGCGAUAAAAGUAAUCCCUGAAUGUAGAGCUUUUUCGCAGACUAGGAUUGUGCCAUCCUGAUUUUGGUUCAGACCUAAUUUGGCUUCCGACAAGAGUUUUCUGCCAAACACGUGCGGUAGCCUGGCAUACAAAACUAUUCGCAAAACUACAGAUAAACUCUAUCGUUCAAAACAAGGCUAAGUACUUAACCUUUGUAGAAAAUGAGUUUUAUUUGGAUGAGAAUAAAAGAAUCUUUUUCAAAUCAAUGGCUUCACACCAAGCCUCGGUUUGAAACAGAGGUUUGAAGCAACUCGGAAAUGGCCUCCUGUAUGCCUCUUAGUAAAAUUGACCAGUAGGCCAAUCUUCAGUUCAUUUCAGAUGCCCUAUAAUCCUUUUGGUAACUCAAUCAGUGAAGAACAGUCGGUUCUUUUCUCUUAUAUUACAGCACUGAGCACAGGGGCCAUCAACUGUGUCACCACGGAGGAGUAGGAGGCUAGACCUACAAAUCUGGACCACUACUCUGUUAUGAUAGCUAUUCUUUAAAAGACCCUGCUGCAUGACGUUUAAACAAGGUCUGGCACUGAACUAAAUGAGCCCUCAAUUCCAGUGUCCAGUCCAAGAUACAAUCCAGUCUUUCCAAGGUCCUUGUACAGUCAGACAUCUCGCUGUUACGGACACCUUGCUAAUACGGACAGCUGCUAAAUCCCCGGAGAGAAUUACAGACAUUUAACUGAAACAGACUACCGCUAUUACGGAAUUACGCAGUCCUCGAUCUCUCGGUUAAGUUCCGACAGUACAGUUUUAUUGUUCUGACUCUCGUUAUAACGGACAUCAAUCAGCAUCUUUCGACAUUCAGGCAGGAUCAUCUCAAAUUUAUUUCCUCCUCUUUGCCACUUUGGUUGAAAAACGUGAGGGUUCCGAUUCCCGUUUAAGAUGAUCCUUCUAAGAAACUGCCGCACUUACUUCCAAGAAACAGUCAUGACGUACAUAAACUAGAUUGUCUAGUACCGCACUCAACGGUUUUUGUGUGACUACAAAUUUUCCAGUGACUGCUGUUGGGAACGAAAAAGAAAUGCAAGUUCUGUUCUGUCACGAAUUGUUUUGUUUGUUAAAAAAGUUCUGACGCUCUUUAUAUGGGAAAACUGCACCGUCAUUGGUUCUGGAGACAAUGUACAAUAUAAAUAGAUGUAAUUCCUCUUAUGUCAAGAAAUUUUUUCUCACAUCCCGUCAUUACGGACUCUCGCUAUCAACGGACACUAAACUGCGGUCCCGAGGGGUGUCCGCAAUAACAGAGUUGACCGUGCAUCCAUUUUUACGCAAUGGAACCUUGAGAUAACAAAGGGCCAAGAGACUGGAAAAAUAUAUUCGCUUUGAGGUUUCGUUGAAUCGAGAUUCUUUUUCGUUAAUUCUUCUAUCACUGGGGAGAAGAAUGACGUUCGUUGUCCCGCGGUCUUCGAGAGAGGCUCGCUUAUCCUGGCUUAUCGAGGUUCCAUUGUGUUAGAAAAUUUCUUUUCAGGUCAGACGUGCCUUCAUUUCUUCAUUAUUAGCAACUUUGCGCCUACGUGUUCAGUUCAACAACACGACACUGCGAUGACAUAUUUGCAUGAAGUCUCAAUGAAAAUUCAACAGUUUUUGUCAGGUCUUCUUAGCUCUGACCAAUCCGCAGGCUGGCCUUUUAUUUUCGGUGUAACCUGUUUGCGUCAAAUAAUAAUGUAUUAUAAUCUGCCAGAUCUGAAUUCCUUUUGUAAAUUAUCCGCAAUCCCUCGUGACCGACCAAACUUUCGGAAUAUUGCUACAUCGGAUAGUGAUUUAAAAGUUAAUACACGUUUUCUACUUUGGAAAGCAGGAAGUCAGACAAAGUUUCAUGUAAGGUCUCAGUAAGGUUAGUGCUCGCUUCUUAUUAGAUUAGAAUUCUCUAGCCACCAAUUCCUGAACUGUUACAGUGGAACUUACAACAACACUAGCGGUAUUGCCCUUGAUACACCGUGAAUUGCAAUUGGAUGAUAACUAUAAAAACCCGUUUUCCCAUAAGCCGUUUACGUUGACGCUUUUGCCCUUCUAGGAGGCUUGAAAUUUGGAAACUUUAAACUGGCAAGUGGGUUACCUUUAUACGAGUACCAAAGUUCUUUGUUUUCAUUGAAAGCGAUUUUAAUAUAUAGCACUUAAAACGCCAAUUAUAUUAUAUUAGUUUGUUCUCUCAGGCAUGCAAAGAUAUUUUAAUGAAACAGCCUUGUUUAUUUUCCUUUCAUAACCAAUCUGAAGUAACAGUUAUUUGUCGUGUUUGCAUCGCUUUUCCUAAAAUGUUUUAAGAUAUUUUUGCCCUGUAGGUUUGGUAAGAAUGAGAACACACCUCAAACAAAAUAUUGAAGUACGGGUUAACUCAGUGUGCGCAAUUAUCGAAUGACCUUUUAAAAUUCUUUGCAUUGAGGUAAUUAGUGCAAAUUAGUUAUCUUUUUAAUGAGCUAUAGCUACUUUAAAUUCAUGGAUCUAUGACCCCAUGAGAAGUAGUAAAACUUAUCGCCAAUAUCACUUAAAAAGCAACUAAAGAAAUGCUCUAUGGCUGGAUAUAAAGUUAGAAAUAAUUAAUGUAACAGAAUGAUGAAUGAUAAUAACACCACCUCUGCUCUUUGACUUCUAAAUGAGUUUAUUUCGUCAAAACUGACACAAUGAAAAACAAUAACCACAUUUAAAACUUCCGUUGUUAAGGAAAGUUCAAACCCGUCAUUCCCAGAGCCGGAUCCAAGCCUUAAGAUAGGAUGAGGGGGGGAGUUGGUGGGGGGUUGGUCAUCCAGAAACUGAGAUAAGGGGGCCGGGGGGCGGUCUCCAAAAAGUUUUUUCCGGCCCUUCGGACCUCAGUUUGGUCUAAAAAUAAGGAAGGGCGGACCCCCCGGGUCCCUCCCCUGGAUCUGCCAUUGAUCCCGACAAACCGUACCCUCAAUCUCGCAAUCCGAUGCUAAUCCCGAUCCCGAACAAGCGUAGACCCAGUAGUAGUUAAUCGAUUCCCCUUGACACCAUGCGCAAUAGGGAAGAAUAAAGUUCUUUAUAUUAAGAACAUGACGUUCAAAGAGAACCACGCUUUUUUAAAAAUUGAAAAUAGAUGGUGAGCGCCUCAGAAUGGAUGAAUCGUUCUCAGCCAAUCAGAGUAAAGUAUGAUUUUAAGCAAAUAAUGACGGAUGGCUCACGGUUUUGCACGAAGGAUAGUUUGACCCGGUCAUGAAAUAGUUACUCAACUGAGAGUUAUCAGAAUCAAACAAAAGACGAGAUUCUAGUAUUGGAGAACAAAGUAAAAAUUUGCGGGAAAAGAAAUCUAAAAAUAGACUGCAAGUCUAACCUGCUGCGACACCACUGGCAGGUUGGUGGGCUCCAAUGGUAACUGUGAAAGCACAGGAUAGUUGUUAUUCUUGUCGUCACGCAACGCUGUAAGAAGGAGGUUGCGUCACGCGGCCAGGGGAUUCCCAUGACAUGAAAGAGAGUCGUCUCCCUUUAUAGGAGCGUAAGUUGCAGAUUUUGGACUCACUUACGAGGAGUUUGUUAAAGAUAAAGGGUUAAUAGAUUUACCCAUACAAAUAUCGUUUAGCGGGGUAGUCUAAAAAGAAAAGGCACCGUCAUAUUGUGUAGGAGACAGCAAUCGAUUUUAACUUUUUUCGCGCAAUUUGAAUGACUACCUUGGUUGCCUGUUUUAGUAUAGCCACAGCCAAAUUUUAACGGCCCCCGGUUCAAUUCUUUGUUUCCGACGAGAAAUGUUCCCGUAACGAGCAUCCUUGUAUGGGUACCUUUCAUACGCGAGUCAUCUCCUUCUGAAAACAGCUUAAAAGGGUCGGAACUAGGAUUACGCACUUCGCUCAUUUUUAGUCAUCUUUGUUGAAAAAUAAACAAACAACCAAACAAUGUCUAGAACUACGUGCUAAGGAAAGUCCGAUACUACUAAAAACAGCAAAAACAACGUCAAAUCCAUAUAGAGAAACCGGCGUGCCCCUGGUCACAUGCACAAUUUCAUUGUGGUGCAAGGUGCUUGGUCAUUUCAAAUCCCAAUCUUUUUUUCCUACCGUAAAAGGCUCCGCUUCAACUGACUGGUGGAAGUCACGCGCCUCAACUUAUCACUCUCACGUGACAGGUGACGUAUUAAUCCUUUUGGGUUUCACUGUACUUGCGCACUUCCCGUUACAGCACUCUUUUAAGUCUGCCGAAACCGAAAGCGGACUCUACUUUUUGAGAAUUUAUUAUCAUAAACAAGUGGUAAUGUCAAUAUCUUAUUAGAAAUUUGAUUUCCAUAAAGAAUUCUGUUCCUUUGUUUAAAAUCAUAACAAGAAAUCAAAACGGCAAGUGUGAGCAGGAAGUGCAUGACGCUUUAGGUUUGCGUUACUUUUAAAAUGACGUGUUUUUUUCGCUCUUCCGUUUCCUUUGACCAGCCAAAACUGAAAUAGUAUAUAUUAGUAGAUUGGAGGACUUGUGACAGAUAGCAGCGUGGAUACUGCGCUUUAACAUUUGACAAGUUUACCCUAUCGUGGAAUUAAAUAUCACUUUCUGAAGUCUUCAGAGGUAAGACCAAGGUAAGAGCUAACCAUUUCGUGAUCUCUUGAGGGACUUGGGAAGAAAUGUUGCGUGCUUUCGUUCGCGAAGAAACUUAUAAUUCUUAUUGACGAACUUUUCUUCCCGAUAUCAAUAGCUUCCUGCCAGGGUGCCAUGCAUCUUAACGAUACUGGUGAGAAUAUCAAUAUUCGCAGAUAAAAUAUCAUCAAAACAACAACGCUCCUGGUAGAUAUUGAAUAAGCGGCUCAGUAAAGUGGUCCCUUAGAGAUAUUUACUCGUAACUUUAACCUCUUAAACUGUUUAAAACCUCUGGGAAAAACUGCGGAUGAUUGCAACCCUGACAGCCAUCGGAAUGUUUUUAUCAUAACUAUUAUUUAUUUACGAUUUCUUUCGAAAAAGAUAGGUUAAAUUGGCUUUAUUCCAAGACCUUUCUUUGUCACGAGAUUUCGUUUUGAGUUAUAUUUGUCUAUUUUUGAGAUCAGAGAGGAGAAUGGAAGGAGUAGACGUGACUCACACAGACUGACUCACAUGGCUUUCAUGGGAUAUUUGUCAGCAUAAAGUUUGUCCGAUCGGAAGUUGCUUUUUUUUAAACUUUCGCCGCAGAAAUGGGAUGAGGUAGGGCAACCUCGUUCCCAGGGUUAAGAGAGAGAAUAGAGAGAUUAAAAUUCACGUUUACGCCAAACCGCAAACGUGAAUUUGUACCACGUGAUCAAGUUUUCCCUUAUUUUCCGUUUACUGUUUAUUACUUCUAUACAAAAAUAAGUAGUUUUGUACCAGUUUUAUCCUUAAGAAUCUUUCUGGACUGUUUUUUAUCUGCUUAUUUUCUAUUCUGAGAAUUCUAAACUUGAAUCUGACGUUUACCGUUUAUCUCUCUGAUAUAAAACGGCAAACUGGUCCUUACGGCAAGGCGAUGAACAAGUGAACAGAAGAAUAAAACAAAACAAUAUAAGUGAUUGAGAGAACCCUUGGACCCGGAGCGAGGUUAGGGAAAGGGGUAGGGGAGUGAACGUAGGCCAGUGUCAAGAGGGUGCAUUCCAUAGUCCCCUCCCCUGAGACAGGAAAUUUGUAUACUGGAAAUUUCGUCCCAUGCUCGUUUCAAAAUAACAGAUUGACGACUGAAAACCGAACCAGUUGUGUCGCAAAAGUGUAAAAUAUAGGAGAAAAUCAGGGUUAAAGAUGAGAAAUACAGUAAAAGAUCGAUUAAGCGCCCCUACUCGAAUAAGUACAGCUCUCCAAUAAGCGCCGAAAAUAAUUUAAUAAGCGCCGCAGUGCUAAUUUGGGUAUUUACAAAUAAACGCCCCACAUUUGUUACGGCGCUUGAUAUGAGAGAUAUCAAAACCAUAUCGCUUGAGAAAUAAGACCUCUAUAUUCUCCUCAGUGUUUUACCCGUAGUUGAAAUAAACGCCCCACCUUUGUUACGGCGCUUGAUAUAAACAGAUAUCAAAACCAAAUUGCUUGAGAAAUAAGACCAUGACCAACUCGUGAGUUCUAAGACGUCUUCUAAAGUUUUAAUGUAGGGAAACUUUCACAGAGUAACAUCAACUUAAGAAAAGAGACUGAGAAACUGCUUUCACGAUACCUCUUGUGUUUCAUUCGAAAUAAUUUUCUAUUAAAUUGUGCAUACCUGAGGACGCACCUCACUUAAUUCUCGCCAUAUUCCCCUCAGUGUUUUACCCGUAGUUGAAAGAAGCGCCGCACCUUCAACAGGAAAAAUAAAAAAAGCGCCGCGGUCCUUAAUCGAUCAUUAUAAGGAUGCAAAUGCGGUAUUUACCAUUUUUUCCCUUGAUUUCUUGCAAUUCUUUCUUCACUUUUUUGCAUAAAAUACUUCCAUCUAAAUUGUCACCACCAAAAUGAAGGAGGAAAGCAGAAAAAUCCCGAAUGCAUCGACUAGUUUAUUUCCUCUUUGCUGUGCAAAUCAUGUGGUUCCUCGCUGUCCACCCGUCUUGUAUGUUUUUCCUUGUAACUUGUUGUUUUUCAAGUAAUGAGUUGUGAUUGGUUCUUUCUACAGGUAUUGGUUUUAAUUUCCAAUGAUGUCCAAAAGAAUGAAAAAUUUUAUAUCUGACCCCACAGAGUUGAAAAAAACUGUUUUGCGUUAAAUUUGUGUUAAAAUAUAAAAUAUUGACACAGGAAAAUCUGUCAAGCAAGCUAAACUGAUUCAAACUGUUAUGUGUAAGUUAAGUGGUUGAUUCAGUUUGAUAUAUAUCUUAUUUCCUAUCAAAGCUCAAGAAAAUCUUGGCGUACACGUUGGUGAUUUGUAAUGAGUUGUAACGUGCUGUUAGGAUGAUUGCGAAACGUUUAAAGCUAAAGAGAUAAAGCGCGUUAUGUUUGCAUAAAACCCACAUAAAACAUGUCAAAGACUCUUGGGGGUCCCUCAAAGAGACUUCAGUAGUUUUAUGACAUGCCUUAAGCGGUCUGACUUCUUGCUCAGGACAUUUUAAUUCGCCCUUGUGUUGUGCGUGAUGGUUAUUAUAGCAUUAGUAUUCCAGUCAUUUUAUAACUGCCCAGUUUCCUUUGAUUUAUUUUAGCUAUGCCAAACCAGUUUCAAAAAGAUUGUUUAAAGGCACACAAUGACUACCGAGCCCAACAUGGCGCGCCACCGCUGAAAUGGUCAUCAAAACUGGCGUCUGAUGCGGAAAGAUGGGCAAGGGAACUAGUAAAGUUAAACCGUCUGCAGCACCAUACUGGAGACGAGGGCGAGAACCUAGCAUACGCUUCAGGUAAGAUGGAAUCCCCGGUCACUGAUGAUUGAUUAGGCCAAAAUUAGGGAGCUUAAGCAAAUACUUAGCCUGCGAAAACAUCCGUUUCUCCUCGCUCUUCGCCGCCGGGGACGUUUCGCGAGGAGGUUCCUCCCCGCGAAACGUCCCCAUCGGCGAAGAGCGAGGAGAAACGGAUGUUUUCGCAGGCUAGAAAAUACUUUUUUGAGCGGCGCCGUCAACCGGAAGUGGACUUUUUGCAUUCUACGGAGGUGGUAUUAACCAAAUUUACGGGUAAAUAGUCACUAUGUUACUAAAGACAAUUAGGUAACGUCAAGUCAAUUUAGGACUGAAAUGGACUCACUUCCUAUUUUAGCUUGUUCCAGGCUCUCAGAUAGUGGGGAAGACGCGUAAGAAAAAGGCACGCGAAAAGCUGGCGGGGCGGGAAAAAGAUAGAGAGACCCUGCUCUCCCCAGUUUCCUCCCGUUUUAUUUUCGUGUUUGCGCUUUCUCAUUUCAACGGACCCGACUAUCUCCGAGCCUGGAACAGGCUAUUCCCGUUGACGAGCGUCGCUCAAAAACGCCUUUGCUUAAUCCUCCCUAGAGGUGGUCACGUGAGUAUACCUACGCUUUGCGACUGGUUUUAAAAAACGUCACAUCAUUUCAGUCCCGUCGAAGGCAGGGCCAACCAAACAACCUUAAUGAGCUCGCUUGCGUUUUUCAGCCCUUCUAUCCAUCUCCCAAGCCAUCUACGUGCAAUGGUAAUUUGAUGUGAGUUGUUAACUUUCUUUAGAUUGCUCGAGGGUGCGACGACUGUUUGGAUCUGCUCAAGUUUUUCACUACCUCUCCAGUUCGAAUGCAAGGGUCCAUCUAGACUGAACUAUAUCUUGUCAAAUUCACAAUCAGAAACGACUGUAGCUCAUAACAAUCUAUUAAUCAUAGUUAUAAGAUAAAUUAAGGUAUUGUUUCGACAGACAAACAAACUAAGGCUUCGGGCCUGGAUAGAACUACCACUUGUUUUUUUAUAUAUAUCUAGCCGAUUUUUUGACAACCAACCCAACGAAAUCUGCAGUCAUUUGAGUGAAAAAGCGUUAAAAAGCACGUUUCUUAAGCCCGAGAAGCUCCAAAAGCAUAGCAACGAAAGAAAAGGAAAGGAGAAAAAGAAAGAGCAAGGAGAAGGAAAGAAGGAGGAGAAAAAAAAACAAUGGUUCAGUGGACUCUUAGUUUUUAUAAUAGCUACUUUGGAGAUCGGAAAAACUGUUCGACGCAGAUUGUCCAUUUGGCGAUAAUGUUAUCAAAAAUCCGGCUAGAUAUACAUAACAAACAAACAAAAUAAAACAAUUAAAACUCUCUAUAUAGCUACCAUGUCGGGCGGAAUAGUUAACCUUAACUCGUUGUAGGGAAGUAAGUUUUCAAUAUUGCUAUUUCAUGGAAAGGAAACAUAACGUAAUGGUCGAUAUAAAGUAGUUCCUUUCACCAAACUGAGGAUGACGGAGACUGGAAAUGAGGAUGGGCUGUCGAAAUGCUGUCGUUGUGAGAGGAGAUCACUUUGGCUGGCUCUUCCCAAAUCGUCUUCGCGUAACGCGCACGGCGGGGUCACCGCGGGAGAAGGGGGUGAUGGGAAAGGAGAGGAGAGGAAGACUCUCUCCCUCAUUUUCCUCCUUCCCAUCACACCCCUCGCGCCACUAGGUAGAGGUUGUGACCGACGACUGGGCACGAGUCAGUCACUUUGGUGCUAAUUGCAGAAUCUACAGUGAAAUGUUGAUUUUAUACAAACACACUUUUUUUUUCUUAACUGUAGGCUACGAAAUGUCAGGUCAAAGAGCCGUGGACAUGUGGUACGAGGAGAUUAAAGACUACAGUUUUAGAAGUCCAGGAUUUUCAUCAGGAACUGGUCAUUUUACUCAAGUUGUUUGGAUAGAUUCCGUAGAAGUGGGUGUCGCAAAAGCCAGCAACGCCAAUGGGACGCAAUUUGUUGUCGCUCGUUAUAACCCACCUGGAAAUGUUCUAGGACAUUUUCCACAAAAUGUGAAACCGAAAGGAUCAAAAAUGUCGACACGAUCCGAGCAGCCGGCUCGAGGCAAGGCUACGAGCGGAAAGGUUUAUGUGACUACAAAAACUCCUCUUAAUGACAAACCACGUAAGGAUCUUAUCAAAAAUAUGUAUUCUCAUCCAGUUCCCCUUCAAAACAAAACUGUUUCCGUUAGUAAAACUACUGAUAUGAUUGACUAAAGGGCUAACCUUUCCCCAACUUCAUCUCCCCCACCCACCAACCCACUGGCGGAAAAAACCGUGUUGGACUAAAGAGACACGUGAAAUUUAAGAACAAGCCAACAAGAGAAAAAUGUCUUUUUUCUUCUUGCUAUGAGAGACCUCUGCAAGGAGGGAAGUUGGAGUUUCAAUGACACAUCCUACACACAGAAUUUUAAAAUUUCCAGGAAAAGGAAUUCCUUAGACAUGCACCCCUACAAGGAUAGCGGUACAUUACUUCCCGUCCCCUUCCCUCAACAAAGCAUUUAUCGUAGAUAAGGUCCUAGCAAGGUUAGAUCGAGGAAGAUCGAAUACACUAGAUGCAAACUCGUUCCAAGGGUGACUUUUAAGCCAGUCCAGUGAAGCCGAGCGGGAGACACCCUGGGACGAGGUUGGAAUAACGAUCCUAUCCAACCUUAUCCACUUAUUUCUUUCUUCUCUUUUACCAACCAGAAAGUACAAGGGAAUUUAACAAAGAGAUUCUUACGUCGCACAACGAAAUUCGUUCUCGACACAGCGCCAGUGCACUGAAAUGGAACUCUCAACUGGCAAGCGAAGCUCAAAGAUGGGCAGAGGAGUUGGCAAGUAGAAACUGUAUUCAAUCAAGUUCCUCGAAUGACUAUGGAGAAAAUAUCGCUUAUAUGUCUGGUAAGGAAAGCUGUCCUUAUUAACUGUCCCGCUUUGACUGCACAAACUUCCUGAUAAAAUUAAGCGCAGAGUGAGAAGUGUGAAUCGUUAUGAUUACUGUAGACAGGUUGUUUACAGAGGCAACGGCAUAAGAGCUUGUCGGGUUGUUUUAGCCUGCGCCGCAGACGAAACUAAACUCUGGUUAAUUCCGUCUGCCAAACAGCCCCGAAAUGUUCCAGGAUUUGAGUAUGCGCUAUGGUUGGCCUGUUAAAAGAGCCGGCUUUGUCGAUUUGCCAAUCAGCUUGAAAGGAAAUACGUAACGCAUUUCCGGUAAAUCAUUGAGUCCGUUGUGGGCCCAGAAUAAGGAUAUCGGCUAUGCAUCGUAGACGUUACUGACCGAAGUUAAAUUACGUCGACUUUGGGCUACGUUGGCUGAAAGAUUGUCCUCCGCAACAUUUCUCACAUGUCUUCAGUAUAUAGCUUCAUGGCCUCUACACUUGUAGCUCGACCAUACAUUGUAUACAGAGAAGCCUUUCCUAUGGGGCCGUAUGACAUUUAGUGAACCAAGCCUUACACCCACUAAGUUUAUACAGCCACUUCACUAUCACGUCAAUAUUCUUUCGGCCCAAACGUAAACAAUACUCAUGCAGUUAAUGUUACUUCUCUGGGACAGUUCUUGUUAAAUACCCGCGACCAUCUUGUUAGUGCUAUGAGAUAUUUUUUACCUUCGUAUCGUCGCGUAAGAGGGCUUCUAACUAUUUAUUUACUUAUAGUGCUUUUCAUAAUAUUACAAUUACACGUGGUUUCUAUACACAGGAGGUUCACUUACAGGAAGAAAAGUGACAGAUAUGUGGUACGAAGAACACGACAAGUACAGAUACGGAAACCCCGGGUUCUCUACCAACACCGGACACUUUACACAGAUCGUAUGGCAGAGUUCAAAGGAAAUGGGUGCUGGGAAGGCUGUUAGUUCCUCGGGCGCACAGUUCGUUGUUGCGCGUUAUCAACCCCCAGGGAACGUUCGGGGACAGUUUCCCGAAAAUGUAAAGCCCGCAUCAAAUCAAGGAGGAGGUGAGCGA